AUGGUUCAGUACCGUUUUGUGGCCCUCGCCGCCGCCACCACUGUCGCCACGGCCAAGAUCUCGGUCCAAGUGCAUCGCAACUUGGAAGUCGCCAAGCAGUCGAACGUCGUGGUCAAAUUUCACUGUGACGAGGCCCACGAUACCCACCGCCGCCGACUCAAGGCCGGUGCGUCUCGCACCGAAACCAUCGAGUCGCUGGUUGAUUCGUUGAAGGAGCACACAACCACGUCACAGGCGUCGGUCAAGUCGUUCCUGGCCAACCAACUUGAAUCGACGGCUGUGGAAGUGGCCACGACAUGGAUCGACUGUUCCAUGUACAUCGACAACGCCUCCGACGACCUCGUCCAGAAGAUCGCGGCGUUGCCUGAAGUCAAAUCCAUUUACGAGCCAGUUGCGAUGGCACUCGAAGAAACCAAAAGUGACGACCAACCAGCCAGUGCUGUCGACGUGGUCAACCAAUGGGGGAUCGAGAAGAUCCAAGCGCCGGCGCUGUGGGCCAAAGGCAUCAAGGGCGACGGCAUUGUCGUGGCCAGCAUCGACACCGGUGUUCGACACACCCACGAGGCGUUGAAGUCGAACUGGCGAAAGGAAUACGGUUGGUUCGACCCGUAUGAUGAGACGAAGCUGCCCAACGACCCGCGGGGCCACGGCACUCACAUCAUGGGCAUCAUGGUGGGAAACACGCAAGGUAUUGGUGUCGCCCCGAAUGCCACAUGGAUUGCAUGCAAAGGAUGGACCACAACAAUGUUCAAUCGACGUGAGUUGGUGAAAUGCGCUCAAUUCCUGCUUUGUCCCCACGACAAAGACGGCAACAACGACUGCAGCAAGGCACCCCACGUGAUCAACAACAGCUGGGGGGAGUACGACACGCACUUUGAUAUGGAAGAUACGAUUAAAGCGUGGAGAGGUGCGGGAAUCAUUCCCGUGUUUUCGAACGGCAACGACGGCGCUAAAGAAGUCUGUGCGUAUUCGAGUUAUCCUGGCGCGUCCCCUCAAGUGAUUGCUGUCGGCUCCACUGACAACAUGGAUUUUUUGGAUACCCAUUCAAGUUUGGGACCUUCCGUGAAGAACCGCACCAAACCCGACAUUUCGGCUCCUGGUGUCAGCAUCCCAUCCGCAGUACACACCCGUGACGUAGGCCUUUCGUUGAGAUCUGGCUCGAGCAUGGCUGCGCCUCAUGUUUCUGGAGCCAUCGCAUUGUACUUGUCUGCAAACAAAGGCGCCUCGUACGACAAAGUGUACACAGUCCUGACCAACAACGUGGACACGGACACGUUAACUCCACCCAACAAGUCCUGCGGUGGCAUUCCCAACACGCAAUACCCCAACAACCUCAUUGGCUACGGCCGCUUGAACAUCUUCAAGGCCGUGACUGCUACCACGUGUGGCACCUUGGAAGACGACACGCACUAUAUUGGCGGCAACUUGGGUUCGACCAAGCAGGCAGCUGCUGAAUCCUGCUGUGCCGACUGUGAAAAUACACCGGGAUGCAAGCUGUUCGUGUGGACCGACCACAACGGCGGCACGUGCCGCCUCAAGCAUAUCAAGGGGCAGAGGGUGACUGUGGUCGGAGCCAGGGCAGGCCUGCUACCAGCCCCAGCCUUGGCAGGACCGCCGUUGUUUUAG